AUGUCAAAACCACACACUGCUGAAUUUCUACCUGCUAAUGAACCACAAAUCUCAUCUAUCUUAGCUGGUGGCUACAAUCAUCCAUUACUGCGUGAAUGGCAAAACGAAAGACAAUUGACCAAAAAUAUGUUUAUUUUCCCAAUCUUCAUUAGUGAUGAUCCAGAAGAAGAAUGUGACAUUCCAAGUUUACCAAAUAUCAAAAGGUUUGGUGUGAACAAAAUUGUUCCAUAUUUAAAACCGUUAGUUGCUAAAGGUUUAAGAAGUGUUAUUAUUUUUGGUGUUCCACUGAAGGAAGGAGUUAAAGACGAGUCUGGUAGUGCUGCUGACGAUCCAGAGGGCCCAGUCAUUCAGUGCAUUAAGAAAUUAAGAAAGGAAAUUCCCGAGUUAUAUUUGAUUGCAGAUGUGUGUCUAUGUGAAUAUACUUCACAUGGACAUUGCGGUAUUCUUUAUGAAGACGGAACUAUUAAUAGAGACUUGAGUGUUAGAAGAAUUGCCGCUGUUGCAGUUAAUUAUGCCAAACACGGUUGUCAUUCUGUUGCUCCAAGCGAUAUGAUAGAUGGUAGAAUUAGAGAGAUUAAAAUUGGUUUAAUGAAUGCUGGUUUAGCCCACAAGACAUUCAUCUUGAGUUAUGCUGCUAAAUUCAGUGGUAAUCUAUACGGUCCUUUCAGAGAUGCUGCUCACUCUUCUCCUAACCAUGGUGAUCGUAAGUGUUAUCAAUUACCAAGUGGUGGAAGAGGCUUAGCACGUAGAGCUUUAAGAAGAGAUCUAGAGGAGGGUUCCGAUGGCAUUAUUGUUAAACCAUCUACUUUUUACUUGGAUAUCAUGAGUGAUGCGUAUGAAAUUUGUAAAGAUAUUCCUGUUUGUGCUUAUCAUGUUUCCGGUGAAUUUGCCAUGUUACACGCUGCUACCGAAAAGGGGAUUGUUGAUUUUAAAACCAUUUGUUUUGAAACUCACCAGGGAUUCUUAAGAGCCGGUGCCAGGUUGAUCAUCAGUUACUUAACUCCGGAAUUUAUGGAAUGGUUGUCCAACUGA